CACGGACAUUUUUGCUUUCCACUGCCAUUACGCCUCGUCGGCUGUGAUGCUGUUCUGCCCAACCUGUGCGAAUCUCUUGGUAAUUUCUUCAGAAAAGGGAUAUAACAAAUGGGCGUGCAACACCUGUCCAUACGAGUUCCCGAUAACAAAGCAGAUGACUUCAAGAACAAGACUAAAACGAAAAGAAAUAGACGAUGUUCUUGGCGGAGAUCAAGCAUGGGAGCAUGCGGAUGCGACACAAGCUUCGUGCGGUAAAUGUAACAACGACAAGGCAUAUUUCUAUCAGCUUCAGAUCCGUUCUGCAGACGAACCUAUGACCACCUUCUAUCGAUGCACGGCUUGCACGCACCAAUGGAGAGAAAACUGAUCAGCUAGGUCCAGAGUGAUGGGUGCGACAACGUCGACAGAUAGGUCGCGAUCCUUGCGAUAUCCGCAUAAUAAGUUUUAUACUCGCAACAGGACUGCUGGGUCUCGCCUUUUUCAAGAAUGCGAAUAUGUUAGAAGAUAUAUU